CGAAGUCCAACGAAACCCUAACGCCCCCAAACAGCCCGAGUGGAGUUGCAGCUCAGACAGCGAGAGAGAUGGCGAAAUCGUUGAGAUCGAAGAGAGAGAAGAGGCUGAGAGCUAUAAGGAGAGAGAUUGUAGAGCCCCUCUACGACAAGAAGGAAGCCGCUAAGCUCGCUGCUCAAGAAGCCGCCCUAGCCGCCCCCAGACUCCCCGUUCGUUCCCACAACCCUAGCGAUGCCUCCGCCGCCGCCAUGGACCUGACCACCUCAACCGCCGCCACCGCCGCCGGAGGGAACAUGGAUGUGGAGAUGGAGGACGACAAUCCAAGCAUGCAGUCCUUAAAACCUACCCGUAAAAUAGGAAAGAAGUUGAGUAAGAAGAUCAAGUUGGCUAAAAAGAAGCAUCGCGGCGGUUUUGGUAAGGGCAAGAUCAGGAGGAAGCACAACGUUUAGUUGUCGAAAACAGUUUAUGGCAAUGACUUUUUCCUUUUUGCCUUUUUCCUAUAGCUAUUGUCUUUACGGUUGCAGUAGUUGCUAAGCUAAAUAUACAUUGUGACAACAGCAGUUUGUUGGCUAUGAGGUUCCCAUCUUUAUUUUGAUUUUGAUUUUGAUUUUGUACUUUUUUUCUUCUUCUUUUCUUUUUAAGGUUUGUGAGCAUUAUGUUAGUUUCUGAGCAUGAAUUGUGAAUGGCACUUGAUGCAACUCAGUGGCCUUUUGAUCGAAACAGUUCUUUAUUGCUAUAUGCAUGUAGCAAU